AUGGCGCUAGAGCGUCGGACCUAUACGGCUCCGUCAUCGCAAGCUGCAUCUCCCCAUGGGGGGUUGUAUAUUACGCGAGCUUGUAUGAUCGCAGCUAAAUUCAUGGUGCAGGCAUGGAGUGCGAUGACGAGUAGGAGGGUCGUCGUGGUGAGCGUAGAAGCCUCUGACGUGAGUCAGGGUGGAACCGCCACGGGUUCAGAUCUUGGUGGUAGUAGCAACUAUUCAAGUGAGAACUUUGAAGGUCGAGGUGGAGAUGGGUUCCAUGGGAAUAGCAAUUGGCCAUGGGUCAGCCGUUCUUAA